UUCGUCGACAAUACGACCAAAAAAAAUAACUAAUUUUAAGAGCUUUAUAGGUGAAAAAAAAAAUUAGAUUUUCAAUAUCAAAUUGAUCAUGGAAAUCAAAUGGCUUUUAUUAGUUUUUGGAAUAAUUUUAACUUCUUCUGGUGUUUGUGAAGCUGCAAUAAAAUGCAUACAGUGCGAUAGUUCAACCGAAAAUUGCAAAACGAAUCCUACUGCAAUAACAGCCACAGAAUGUUCAUCAACAGACUCAACAAAAUGUUAUACUUUAGUUGAAAACAACGGAAAUAUCAAGCGAGGAUGUGUUCUUAGUUCCGAAGAAAAAUGCGAGGGAAAGAACUGCAAAUCAUGUGAAGGUGAUGGAUGCAACAAAGAAAAUCCACUUCGGUGUAAAUUAUGUAAGUCAUCAGAAACUUCUGACUGUGCAUUUUGGAAAAGUCCUGACUCCAUACCAUUUGAAAUGUGUGCUGAUGGCAUAACAACUUGUCGAAUGGAAAUUACUGAUGACAACCACACAUCACGUCGUUGUUCGAUCAAAGAUGACAAAGAAUGUCCAAGUGGCAAGUGUAGUACUUGCACUGACAGUGGUUGCAAUAAGGAUAUUUUCCCAACCAAUCGUCGCAAAUGUUACCAAUGUAAAUCAGAUAAUGCAAAUUGUGCAAAAACACCUACUGCUGAUAUGUCAUCGGCAUGCCUUUUGUUUGAAGAUCCAGAUAGUUGUUAUGAAUAUGGCACUUCAGAGACUAGUAUGUCUCGAGGAUGUAAAUCUGAUACAACUGAAUAUCAAAAAUGUACAAGUGAGACUCCAAAGGAAAAAUGCAAAGAGUGCACAGCUGACAAUUGCAAUUCUGAUGAAUUCAAAGUUGCUUCAACUGUCAAAUGCAUCAAGUGCAGUUCUGAGGAAUCGACAUGUGUUGGAAGCCAAAGUUCUGAUAAAGCUCAGGAAUGCUCCAAAAUUGAGUACUGGAAAGCCAAUGGCUGUUAUACGAACAGAGUUGAAGCAGGUAAAGUUGCUCGAGGAUGUCUUGCAGAGUUUGAUUGUAGUGGAAAUUCUGCAACUUGCUCUUCCUGCACAACUAAUGCUUGUAACAUUGAUGACAAAAGCGCUAGUUCCUGUUACAAAUGUCGCAGUGAUGAAAAUGCGAAAUGUGUUGACGCAUAUGCGGAAAAUAAUUAUAAACCUGAACCAUGCCGAAAUACGCUGACAAUAGCUGAAGGCUUUCAAUGUUAUGUUGAGCGAUGGAAUGGUAUUGUUAUAAGAAGCUGUUUGUCUGAUGCUGAUGCUAAAUCAAGGAAACAUUGCUUAGAUACCAACCAGAAGACAUGUAAAACUUGCAAGGGAGACAAUUGUAAUACCGAAAAAGCACCAGAUUCAGCAUAUAGCAUUGCUUUGACUAGUGGAUUGUUGGCAGCUUGUCUGUUGGUUUUGAAGCCGAUUUUCUUCGAUAAAGGGAAAUGUUUCGCUAUGAUUUGCUUUAAAUGUGAUUCAAUAACAUUGCCAGAAUGUGCAACAAGUUUAGACAGUGAAAAACUUCCAACAGAAACUUGCAACAGUGCGUAUUCUUGCGCAUCAUCAAUAGUGGAUUCAGUAACCUACAGAGGAUGUAGUUCAAACACUCCCCGGGGCCCGAAAUACUACAUAACCUGCUCAGAAAGCUUAUGCAACAAAGGUGUAUAUCCACCGGGCCGUCUAAAAUGCCAUCAAUGCAGUGGGAAAAGUUGCGUACCACAACCAGUGACAAAGCCAACGCCAUGUCUAAAUUUCGUUGAAGAUGACAACUGUUAUACAGAUGUCAUUGAUGAAAUUGAAACAUUCCGUGGCUGUGAUUCUGACACUAAAAGAACUCCUAGCGGAUCGGUGUUGUACUGCGAUAUUAAUGGCUGUAAUAAUUUGCCAGCUGUAGAGACACUGACAUGUUCCAAAUGUGAUUCGCAUGAUGCUAGAGGUUGCAAAAUGGACCUUUUUGAAAUAUAUAACAGUUCGUGUGUCAUAAAAAAUGAAACAACUUGUAGCGAUUUAGCUCUCUUAGGUCAUGAACAACCAAGUUGUUUUUUGUACAUAAAUUUGGACCAUGUUGUUCGAGGAUGUUCAUCCGAUAGCGGAAUAUUGUCUCUUGAUUCUCAAAACUAUGAUCUUUGUGCCACAAAUUUAUGCAACAAAAAAUGCUUGAAACAACAGAAAUGUGUCGUUUGUGACUCGAGCACCAGCGAGGCAUGUUUAAGUAAUCCAGCAUUACUGACAGCUUCAACUUGUGAAGGUGCUGAGGUAUCAUCAUGUAAUUCGUGUCUGUAUAAAGAUGACAGUGUACGACGAGGAUGUGGAUCCCCACUUCAAGUACCAGAUGCCCGUUGUAAUGAAUGUCAAGAUGACAGUUGUAAUAAAUCGAAUUUUACCAAAUGUUACAAAUGUUCUUCCGAUGACAGUCCGAAUUGUGGUCAAUGGAUAAAUCCAAAUAUAAUCGAUGUGGAAUAUUGUGAAAUAGCAGGAGCAGGUUGUGUCAGUGCUGUCUUAUCAAAUGGCAAGACUGUCAGAGGAUGUGAAAGUCCACAGCUUACGUGUAAUAGCACGCAAUCAAGCUGCUAUCCCUGCUCAGGGAAUUUAUGUAACGAUGGCGUGUAUCCAACUGCCAGAUUGCGCUGUCAUCAUUGUGACGGUCGAGAUAAGUGUAGUAACGUUGUUGAUACUUCAAAUAUGCUGCCAUGUGCAGUAUAUGACAAGAGUGACGCAUGUUUUGAGUUUUUAAGUGGAAGGAACACUAUGGUUCGUGGAUGUCGAUCGGAUAGUAAUUUGUAUUAUGAGUGUUUAUUGGCAAUACAAAGUGGUAAAGGAUGUCGACUUUGUACUGGAUCUGGUUGCAAUAUGAUGCCAGUUAGUCGGAAUGCAUCUUUGCUAUGUCAUAAAUGCUCGCGAGAAGAUCAAGGCUGUAGUUGGUUUCAAGGAAUUAAUGAGACUAUGGAAAUGUGUCAAAAAGAAGUUAAAUUUUUGACAACUGAGAGCUGUUAUACUCGAUUGUAUUCAGAUGGUUCAACAAGUCGUGGUUGUAGCUUAGAUGAAAACGAAACUGACGAGGAUGAUGAAUAUUUGGAACAUAUUUGUGAGAAAAAUGGCUGUAAUGGAAAAAGUCAGAUUGCCCAAAAAUGUAUUGAAUGUCGAGAGAAAAUAAAUGAAGCGAAUAUUUGUACAACCACAGUUGUCAAUCUAGAAGGAAAUCUGUGUAGUAAUGGAACAGUGAGAUUUGAAGAACGUGGUUGUUACACGAAAAUUGAUGGUGAUUUCAUUGAAAGAGGUUGUGCUUCAGAUCUUACUAGUGAUGAUCUUAAGGAAUGUCAACAAGGAAACGGAACAGAGUGCCACUAUUGUCAAGGAAUUGAAUGCAAUACGUCUUUUAAUCUCACUUUUGUGCCAACAAGAAAUUCAGGCUCUUUUAAGUUUCUUCGAGCUUCUUUUGGAUUAAAUUUGGGAAUAUUUUUUUAUGUAUUUUGGUUUUAGAACAUAAAUCAUUUUCUGUUAUAAAUAAGUUA